AUGGGCGAGAGGCUGAUCAUUCCCAUCUUCUUCGACGUCGAGGCUUCUCAUGUUCACCACCAGGCUGGGCCUUUCCAAUCUGCCUUUAAAUCAUACGACAAUGACAAGAAAGUGGACAAAGUAGAAGUGGCAACACUGGUCGAGAAAGUUGUCCGCUGCUUGCUGCGGCAUCUAGACAGUGGCCUUCUGAUUGUGGCGGACCAUCCGAUUGGAAUGGAAUCUCACAUUGAGGACGUGAUGAAGCUGCUGCAAAUUGAAAGAGAUGGUGUUAAGAUGGUGGGACUUGUGGGUACAGGCGGCAUUUGGAAGACCACCAUUGCCAAGGCUGUUUUCAACAAAUUGCGUUCAGAAUUUGGGGCAGCCACCUUUCUUACGAAUAUUAGGGAGCGUUGGAAAGAUGCCUUGGAACGGACACAAGUGAUGAGGCAACUCGUGGAAGAGCUCCUGGACGACAGAUUUACAGCAAUACACGACAUUGAAAGUGGGCAGCACCUGCUCUUAGAAAUACUUCCUCCCAAGAAAAUUCUAAUAGUAUUGGACGACGUUGAUCAUCAACAACAAUUCAAGGAACUAAUUGGUGAAAAACUACUGUACUGUUUCGCAUCGGGCAGUCGGAUAAUUAUGACAACCAGAGAUGAAACUGUGCUAUCACUAUGUAGGGUCGAUGGCAUAUACAAGCCAAAGCUCAUGGAUGCUGACCAAUCACUCGAUCUCUUCAAGAGAUAUGCCUUUCAGAGCAGUCACCAACCACAGGACUUGUUCGUCGACAUGUCAAUGAAGGUUGUCGCAGUUGCGGGUGGGCUGCCAUUGGCCCUUAGAGUUUUUGGGUCCUACCUCUCUGACAAGAGCGACCUGGCUGAGUGGCAAGAUUAUUUGGAUAAGCUGCAGGAGACCCCAGAACAAGACAUCCAAAAAUGUUUGCAAAUAAGUUAUGAUGCACUGCCGAAUGUUGAGAAACAGAUAUUUUUGGACAUUGCAUGCUUCUUCGUUGGCCAUUCUGAAGUAGAAGCAACUCUUAUGUGGAAAGUUUAA